AAAAAUAGGCUAUAUAUGCCUCUGAAUUAUACAGAGAUCAUUGUCUUCAAAUUAACUUGAGCUGCCCAUCAGACCACCACUUUUCACAAAAAAUGGUAGGAAAAACAACCUCCAGACUUCUCUUCUUAUAUCUUCCAAUCCUUGCCUGUUUUCUACCAUGCAGUUGCUAUUCUUCUAUGGUAUUAUCAGAAGAAAAUGGAGGACAUGAUAAUGAGAUCAAAGGGAUGUUUGUGUUUGGUAGCUCUCUAGUUGAUAAUGGCAACAACAACUUUCUCCCAAACUCAAUGGCUAAAGCCAAUUAUUUUCCCUAUGGAAUAGACUUCCCUUUUGGGCCUUCUGGUAGAUUCACAAAUGGGAAAAAUGUGAUUGAUCUUCUUGGUGACCAGCUUCAUCUUCCUUUCAUCCCAGCUUUUGCUGACCCUUCAACCAGGGGAAUAAGAAUGAUCCAUGGUGUCAACUACGCUUCUGGUGCUUCUGGAAUACUAGAUGACACUGGCUUACUUGCUGGAGAAGUGAUAAGCUUGAAUCAGCAAAUAAGGAACUUUGAGACGGUUACAUUGCCAGAACUAGAAGCCGAAAUGGGUAUGCAAAGUAGGGAAUUACUAAAAAAUUAUUUGUUUGUUGUGGGAACUGGAGGGAAUGAUUACACAUUCAACUACUUCCUGAAGCCAUCCAAUGAAAGUGUCAGCCUUGAAGCCUUCACUGCCAAUCUCACGCACUCAUUAUCUAAGCAACUUAAGAAGUUGUACAAUUUAGGGGGUAGAAAAUUUGUGUUAAUGUCAGUGAAUCCAAUUGGAUGCUAUCCCAUGGUGAAGGCUGCUAGUAAUGGCAGAUGCAACUAUGCUUUGAACAAGGCAGCCCACCUCUUCAAUGCUCAUCUCAAAUCACUAGUGGAUGCCAUCAAGCCAAAAAUGACUGGUUCUGAUCUUGUCUUUGUCAAUUCAUAUAAGAUCAUCGUAGACAUUAUGAAAAGAUCUGUCUCCCAAGGAUUUAAAGACACAAGCAAUGCUUGUUGUGAGGUGGGAUCUUUAAGAGAAGGUGGUAAUGGAAUGUUGUGCAAAAGAGAUGGGACGGUCUGUGAAGAAAGGAAUAGUCAUUUGUUCUUUGAUGGUUUGCACCCAACAGAAGCAGUGAAUAUUCUGAUAGCAAGUAAGGCUUAUAAUUCAAGUUUCAAAACUGAAGCUUAUCCCAUGAAUAUCAAACAACUAGCCAUGCACUAGAUUUCCAGGUUACUCAAUUUUCCU